GGAGGGUUGAAAUGCUUGUUCCCUCCCCCAACUUCCAUGUUCCCUGCUUGGGAAGAAGAGGAAGAAAAAAAAAAGAAAAGAAAAAAGCUUGGGCCACAUGGGUUUUUAUUCCUUUUGCUUCUUUUUUAAGAUGAUCUCACAUCAUCACAUGCACAAGCAUCCCGCCUUGGCUCUAUCCACACGUGCAGUGAACCACAACAGGAAGCACAGACGGAUGUAAGCUGGAUUACUUUUCACAGCAUAAGCUUAUACCUUAAAAAUAAAAUUAAGUCGAUAUAUGAUACUAUGCCCAAGUCGCGGUGGGCGUCAAUGCCCAUCUAUCACCAGAUAAGAACAGUCCGGGGUAAAUGAUUAUUUUCCAAGUCGCAUCGCAUCGCAUCGUAUCGCAUCGCGUCCGCAUUACGAAUUGGGUAUGCUUCUAGACUUUCCGCGACAGGUUGCAAACAAGAGGUCUCGGCACUGCCGCGCAGUCUCAGUCAAUGUUUCCCAUCUUAACUCAGGUUCGCCGCGGAUUGUAUUACUUCGAAGUUUUUGACAAGUCUCACGGUUUGGGGCGUCAGGGCGUUUGUCAAUCGCAUUAUGACGGUUUGUGACAUUUAUGACAGUUGGGUUACAUGUUACCUAAAACCAUUAUACCGUCUAAUAAUGUUUCGGGUUCCUCCACUCGUGGUACGUAGCACUAAACAACGUCCGUGGUCUUUUAAAGUUUUAGGCAGUGGGCAGCGGCAGGAAGCGAACAAGCAUACCUACAGGCUACAUAAGCAUAUACCUACAAGCAUAUGUACAAGCAUACAAGCAUAUUUUUGGAGUCCGAGUGUCUUGAUAAAGAGUAUCUACCCGUUCGUCGAGAUAACGCUUUCCGAGAUCCGACACUCCUUUAUAAUCUUCUUUUUUUUUCUUAUCGUCAAUCUAAUCGUCCUUUUUCUCCGUCGAGCAACCCCAUCGCGGGGCAUUGACAUCACAAAAUACCUAUGUACCUAAAGGUUAAUACAUAUAAUAUAGCAUGGAUUGGCCUGAUUGAUAACAGCGCAAACCAGUUCAAACUUUCAAUACAAUUUUGGUGAUAGAAAUAAACG